CCUUAAACAUCUAAAUCUAUGAUAUACGAGAUUCCUUUGUUGUUGUAGUGAAAGCUAGAAACAGGGGAGAUGAAGAGGCAGAGGAAUAGGGAGAUUGGUGGUGCCGUGCAAGGUCCGAAAGCUGAAGGGGUGUCCAACAAAAAGAGCAAGAAGGCGAUGGAGAGCAAAGAGGAAGAUGGGAAGGAAGAGGCAGCAGCAGCGGUGACGGUGGAGAAUGUGGUGCGGUGGGAAGAGUGGUGGCCGUGGUUGAGCGGCGUGGCAGACGAGCAGAUGUCGUGGGGGUGCGUGUGGUCGCCGUUCUGGGAUGUCAAUUUUGUGGAUUGCGCUUACAAUGAUCUGUUCAGUGAUGUUGUUUGGGAUGAUGAUAUCUGGAACUUGAAGAACAUCAAUGAGGUUCCAAAGCCUUGAGAAAAAAAAAAAAAAAAAGAAGAAAAGAAUGCAAUGCAAUACACCCCUUUUUCUGUUUCGAGUUCAGGGCUUUUAUUUUUAAAUUUUCUGAUUUGGGUUUCAUUUCAUGUCAGUUUUAGUACCAGAGAAUGAUAUAAAACUGUAAAAUUAAU